AUGGCUGGUUCCGCUUCCGCGGCCGCGCUGGCGCUGUCGAGCCCGCAGGCCGCAACGGGAGAAGGCGAGCAGAACUCCACCUCGAGGCCGGCGGUCAAGUCACCGACGCCGCCGCUGCAGAUCCNCUUCGUCUCGCGUGGGGCUUUUGAACUCAAAUUGGACGCCGCCGCUGCCGUCGCUGCAAAAGGUAAAGCAGUGGUUGGACAGGGCCGCCGUCCACUGCAGGCACGCAUAAACAGCAAACGAAGCCGUCUCGCCAUUGAAGGAGCACCUGCACCGAAGACUCCUCCUUCCUCCAUCCUUCAGAAGUUUAAAUCAAUGGGGAUUAGCACUUCUGGAGUUGUGUAUUUUGAGCUACUAAAUUUGAUGGAUGUGAAAUCGGGUCUGUGUCACCCGAUGGGUACCCGUCACCCACACGGGUGCCGGGUCUGGGGGAAAUCUAGACCCGAGACGGGUGAUGGGGGUGGGUGA